UCUGUCAAAUUCUCCCUCCAUUUUGUGUCUAAUUCUGCAUUUCAGCUCCCUCCUUUUGGUUCAUCAGACUGAUCCUUUCCAGUUCAGAUGCUUAAUUUCCAAAUUUUUUAAUCUUUAAGUAUGGGGGUUUCAGCUAUGGAUUUCUAGGAUUUUUGGAGAACCACUCCUGUUUGCUGGGGAGCUGUGAGAAGCAAUGAUACUGAUUGUUGGGCCCAAUUUAAAAUCGAACCAUCUUGUGUAUAAAAGCAGUCAAGCCAUUAGGGAGCCAAAUUUGUGUGGUUUUUCCACACAACUGUCUAGUUAAAAUUCCCAUGCUUGUUUUCCCUGUUGAUGCUGAUGUUGUAAAUGAACAUGAUGAAUUAUUUUGCCGACCGUGCAAACUUUCUUUCACACUCCUGCAGUCCCCCAUGAAGGUUUGGAUAAUGGGAGUUCAGCUGUUGAACUCUUUUUCAUGAUAAUUUGCUUUCUGAUUAGUGAACAGCAAGAGAUGAUUUAUUACCAUGGUGAUUGUUGCCACAGAGCUUGAAUAAAAUAGAACCUAUUCAGUGUUGUUCUAAUGACCCUGGACAGAGGUACAUACGACGUUGGACUGCUGGUUAGAAGCCUUUUGCAACAGAUUGCAGACAGUUCAGGUCCAGAGCAGUGGCGCAAUCAGCAGGCUUUUGAGAUUCAUGGUAUCUUCCGGUUCGUGGACAUGAGCGAGGAUUUUACAGAAGGCAAGUAUGGGGCACCCAUGAGUGUAUACUGUGGAAGGAUACGGAAUAAUGAAGCAGAGUUCAGUCUUGUUCGCAGUAACAGCGUGGAUUCUAAUCUCCAUUUACAGGCGGGAGGUUGGCUCUCCAAAGGCAAAGGUCCGAUUGAGACGGUACAUCCUUUGAAGCCGCCUCUCUCCCGGUCUGCCUCGCAGCGCGUCCUGAAGGCCACACGACCCAUCCCACCGAUUGAGGGGAAGGCCAACUCACCAACUAACAAGGCCCACGAUACGGAUCUUACCUCAGACGACAAGAAUGAAGAAGCUCCUGUUGGCGAGUUCUCAGGAUGUUCACCGAUGGAAGCUGAAGAGGGGCAUGCUGCAUCUGUCACAGUCCCUGACGAGGUGAUCGGAAUUAGAUUCACGUCGGUUAAGAUCUCCCUUCAGCAACUGCGCAGCAGUGCUGAGAAGAAGCGGAAAUUACUGGGCGCCAGUUUAUCUCAGUCAUCUUUUAAGUUGCCAUGUUCAGAUGAGAGCACCUUUCAGCUGCUACCUUCCAUACCUGUAAAGCCGGACAUCCGAAGCCUUCAUGCCAUCAUGACUCCUUUGAAGAGAGAAUCAGUCACCCAAGGGUUGCAUUCAGACUCUGAAAAGCAGGAGCCACAACCUCCAGAACAUUGUACAGACCAGAGCACAUUAUUGUUGGCUAAGAAGGACAAAAGUGAGGGGUCAUCGCUGAACCAGACUAUGAUCAUCUCAUUCAGACUGAGUACUGAAACUGGUCCAGAAAUGAAUAAACAGGAGUCAGUGAGGGAUGCGGAAAUGGAGAAUGAAGAAAGAUUGCGUCACUUGACAAUCUCAAAGUCAGUGCAGGAGAAGAUGCAUCAGAAAAGGAGGGAAGAGAUGGAGCAGCGACAACAUCGGAAGGAAAGAAAGCUGAAACAGCAGCUGGAAGAGCGCCUGCAGGAGAUCACACCCCAUAGGGACACCGUCCCAGUUCCAGAGUUGUUGAACAGCAGGGACUUCAGCAACAUCAGUCUUAACUCUAGUCUUAAUAAUGGCAGUUCGUUGCGUAAACGAAUCAAUCAUCCUUCGCUGCCGAGCAUCCCAAAUAUUAUUCAGACCAACAAUGUGGCUCGACGGUUCUCAGCUCAGUCACUGCCUGGCUUCCCUUUGGAUUCCCCAGAAGGAGAUGCAGAUAUGGAUGAUGAAGAAUUCCUGAAGAUGCACUCAUUCACCCGACAGGAGCAAGGAUUGACUGAGGCACUGAAACUCCUGGCUAACAGUGACUGGGAGAUGAAGAGGAAGGGAUUGUCAAGUGUUCGGCGCUUGGCUCGAUACCAUCAGGAAGUUCUCCUAACGAAGCUUCAUGCUGUCUGCUUGGCAGUGACAAAGGAGGUCAGUAACUUACGUUCCAAGGUUUCACGCUCAGCGAUCUUGUCUCUCAGUGAACUGUUCUCCCAGCUGAAGAGAAACAUGGACCAGGAAGUUGAUGAAGUGACCAGAAUACUGCUUCACAAGACAGGCGACUCCAAUGAGUUCAUCCGGGAGGAGGCAGUCAAGGCGCUGGCUGUCAUGGCAGAGAACGUGAGCCCAUCACGGGCAUUGACUGCCCUCAUCGCAGGCGGUGUAAAUCAUCGUAACACCACUGUUCGGAAAUGUGCCGCUGAGAAUCUGCUGAGUGUUGUUGAACAUCUUGGAGCUGAGAGACUCUUAUCGGGGACCAAGGAGAAUCUGGACCAGAUCGUCCAAACAAUGGUGAAAUUCUCCCAGGAUGGGAAUCAGGAAACCAGGUUUUAUGGUCGGAAGGCACUGAACAUUUUGAUGUCCCACCCAGAGUUUGAGAGAUACAUGGAACGCUCACUUCUGUCUCAGGAUUUUCACCACAUCAUCACAGCUAUAAAACAGCGGGGAGAUGCCUUUUCAGAUCCUUAUUCAACAAAGGGUAGAAACUCAAGGGUCAACAGCUCCUUAAAAUGUCAGGAGAAUAUGCCAAACACUGGAAGGGUGGAGCUGGACACACCACAACAGCAAGGAAUGACACCACGUCGCUCAAUCAUUCGGGCAACAGAAGCAGUGGAGCAGGUGAAGCAAAUGAACAAAUUGCUGUCUUCCAAAGAGUUCCAGGAGAGGACACAGGGCAUCUCACUGCUGCUCCAACAUUGUGAGACCAACCCAGGCUUCGUCACCUCCAACAUUGUGAAUAUAUUUGAUGUAUUCAUUCCAAGACUCCAGGACUCGAAUAAGAAAGUGAACCAGUUUGCACUGCAGUCCAUGUCAACCAUGAUCCCAGUGCUGAAAGAUGAUUUGCAUCGUGUCAUACAUUCGAUAGUCAUUGUGGUAACUGACAACUUGAACUCAAAGAACACGGGCAUUUACACUGCAGCUGUGCAUGUCCUCGAUACGCUGAUUGAUCAUAUAGACAACUUACUACUCCUUCAGCCUUUCGCCAGCAGAGUGCAGUUCAUCAGUGGCCGUGCAAUGCAGGAUAUCAUAGAGCGACUGUCAGUCCUUGUGCAGCCUGUGUAUCGUCGAAAGCCUCAAGCUGUGGAGCGGUACGUUUUGCCUGUACUCUGGUACCUGCUGGGCAACAUGACUGGGAACGGAGUGAUCAAGGGUGGAAGCGGGAAUGUGCGGGCAGUGACGGCCAAACUGGCAACCAGCCUGCAUCAGCAGAUGGGCACUGGCCUUCAGGAGUAUGCAGCGAGCCAGCCAGCACACGUCAUCAAAACACUGCGAGAACUGACUGAGAAGGAACUUUAAUCUCUCAGCCCAUCACAUCAGGAUCAUCUUGAAUCUGGGGAUGCCAAGCCUCCAGGAUUAGCCUGGUGUUUGCAGGAAUUAAUUGUCAUUCUCCUGGAGACAGUUCUGGGAAAGAUUAGAGAAAUAUCACAAGGUCUUUUUUCUUUAAAAAAACUAAUUUAACAAGAAUGUUUUGAAGGCUUUUAUUUGCUAAUUGCAGUCAUGGCUGAAGGUGAAGAAUAGGUUGGAGACCGUUUGAGUAUUGACCAAAUGAAAAAUCCACUUUCUCCUUGGAGGGUGAGAGGGUGGCCGAUGACAGGAGCAUGGAACUGGGAUGUUCAAGGUGGACAUUUGUUCUUCUUUUGAUGUAGAGAAUACAACUAGCCAGAAGUGGAAUCUGAUCAAACCAUUGGGAAAAUUGUGCAUGCAGACACACACAAAUAGACAUAAAUAUGCAAACACAUGCAUACAGACAUGCAUUCAAGGAAACAAAAACAUAAUCUCUCCCUCUCUUAUACUUACACAGUCACUCUCUUGCACUUUCUCUAACACUCAUGCACACACUCUCUUGUACAAGCACACAGACACACAAAACCUUACACACUUUAUCUUAGUCUCUCUGAAAAACGUGUUUUUUCCCCUCUAACACACUCUUGACUAGCUGUGGCUUUCAAUCAAUGUUCAUGAAGGUGCAUUAUGUAAAACUGUCAUCACCAGUUCCUGCCAGACUGCAUGAUCUGUGUGUCCUGAGCUGAAUCUGGGCGAAAAGGACAAAAAUGACUCUUUUUAAAAUGUAAAUAUAAAUGUUCUAUUAGCUCAGAUGACUGGUUUGAAAUGCAGAGUGUUGCCAAUAGUAUCGGUUCAAUUCCAGCGCUGGCUGAGGCGACCAUGAAGGAUUCCUCUUCUCAAUUUCUCCCCCUGCCUGAGGUGUGGUGACCCUCAGGUUAAACUACCACUAGUCAGAUCUCUCUAAUGAGAGAGCAUCUUAUCGUCUUCUGGGACUACGGCAACUUAACCUUUUAUGUCGAAAAAGUGUAACUUUUAGUGUGCUCGAGAACAUUGAUAUUUGUGAGACAUUAAUAGGUCUCUUUUUUUCUAAUACCUUAUUAUUGAUGCACUUAAUGCAAUUUCCUUAGUCAAGAUGACUUUGCACUUCAUAUUGUUAUAUUGCAUUUAUCACAAACUACAAUAAACCACCUUUACACUAUUGUCAA